AUGCACAACGAGCAUGGAUCACGAGUAGAGAUUAUGUGGUUAUUAUGUGGUUGCGCUGUGUGCUGUAUUAUGCUCAAGUAUGGUACAGGGGAAUCUGAAACCACGGCCGGUCGAUCGACGGCGCCUCGCACGAUGUCCGCGACAGCACCGCCGAGGCGGGCCAGAUCGAUCGCAACGGGGCGAAUUCCCCACUUGCGAAUCAGAUUGCCCACGUUGGUAAACAAUGUCAGGCUCCUAAGCAUCGCCAUGUACAGAGCCGCACUCAGAACCGUCAGAACCGUCCGCCCAGCAAACACAGUGACGAUCCAGCAGCGCUAUCGCGGCGGAGUCGUCGACAGCACCAAGGAGGUGCUCAAAGAUAUCAACCUCAAGGUCGGAAAGACGCUCGCCUCAGGGCUCGACAAGGCCGAGGACGUGGCCGAAACCGUCAAGGAGGAGGUGUCCACCGUCAAGGACAAGGCCGCCGACAAGAAAGACGACCUGUCGCAGAAAGCGUCCGAAAAGGCGGCCCAGACCAAGCAGGACGUCUCGCAGGAAGCUGCCGAGAUGAAAGACUCGCUGCACUCCAACAAAGAGAACGUCAAACGCGAGGUGAAGGAGAACUUCAAGGGCUAUGACAGUCUGCAGGACAAGGGCUCCAACAUUGAGCGCGAACAGCAAAGACCCGACGACGGAGUGUAG